CGGCGGCUCUCUGCGGCCGGGUUCCUUCCGCCGGACGGGGAGAAAGAGAGAGCGCGAAAGAGAGAGGAUGUCUCUCUCAGACUGGCAUCUGGCAGUGAAGCUGGCUGACCAGCCACUUGCCCCCAAAUCAAUUCUUCAAUUGCCAGAGACAGAACUGGGAGAAUAUUCACUAGGGGCCUAUAGCAUUUCAUUUCUAAAGCAGCUUAUUGCUGGCAAGCUCCAGGAAUCUGUUCCAGACCCGGAGCUGAUUGAUCUGAUCUACUGCGGUCGGAAGCUAAAAGAUGACCAGACCCUUGACUUCUAUGGUAUUCAGCCUGGGUCCACAGUCCAUGUUCUCCGCAAAUCUUGGCCUGAGCCUGAUCAGAAACCUGAACCUGUGGACAAAGUGGCUGCCCUGAGGGAGUUCCGGGUGCUGCACAGUGCCCUGCAGAGCAGCUCCUCCUACAGAGAGGCGGUCUUUAAGAUGCUCAGCAAUAAAGAGUCUCUGGAUCAGAUCAUUGUGGCCACUCCAGGCCUCAGCGGUGAUCCCAUUGCUCUAGGGGUUCUCCAGGACAAGGACCUCUUCUUUGUCUUUGCUGAUCCCAACAUGCUGGAUACAUUGGUGCCUGCUCACCCAGCCCUGGUCAAUGCCAUCAUCCUGGUUCUGCACUCGGUAGCAGGCAGCACCCCAAUGCCAGGAGCUGACUCCUCUUCCCGAAGCAUGCCCUCCAGCUCCUACCGAGAUAUGCCAGGUGGCUUCCUGUUUGACGGGCUCUCGGAUGAUGAGGACGACUUUCACCCAAGCACCCGGUCUAUGCCCUCUAGCAGUACACCCAGCUUCUGCCCGGCCUCCCCGGGGUACAGUGGAGCUGCUGGGCCCCGCCCCAUCACCCAGAGUGAGCUGGCCACUGCCCUGGCCCUGGCCAGUACUCCAGAGAGCAGCUCUCACACACCAACUCCUGGCACCCAGGGCCAUUCUUCAGGCACCUCGCCAAUGUCCUCUGGUGUCCAGUCAGGAACGCCCAUCACCAAUGAUCUUUUUAGUCAAGCCCUCCAGCAUGCCCUGCAGGCCUCUGGGCAGCCUCAGCUGCAGCAGUUGCGUGACAUGGGCAUCCAGGAUGAUGAACUGAGCCUCUGUGCCCUUCAGGCCACUGGAGGGGAUAUCCAAGCAGCCCUGGAGCUGAUCUUUGCUGGAGGAGCCCCAUAAACUUCUAGUACCCGAGUGCCUAGCAAGUUGCCGAGGCGAUUCCUAGAAGGAGACGCUUGUGAAGUUGCCUCCAGCUCCCC